AUGGCGCCAAUAAGACGAUACCUUCGGAUUACAAAGUAUUCGGUGCUCGAAUGUCGUAUAUAUCUCGAUAACCCGGCCUUAGCACACUCAUGGCUUCUCAACCCUAGGAAUUCCAUUCUACCCAAGGUCAUUGAGGCCGUGCGUCCACUAGUACUGCCCAAGCUGCGUGAGGAGAGGGAACGCGCGCAAAGCAAAAAGAAGAGCAAGAAGCGGAGUAUCAAGGAUGUAGUCAUUGAGGACGACUUUGAGGUGUCCGUCUUCCUCACCGAAACAGAUACCCGGCACUCCUUAUUACACAAGCAGAAGCAUUUCCGAGACAAGAUCCAGACUAAACUAAAGUCCAAUUCGUCCAAGCUCACGGGAGAAUCACGUGAAGCGCCCGUCGACGUUGACGUGGAAGCUGCUCUACUUCGGGAGGCAGCCGACGACGAUGAUGUGCCCAUUAUACGAGAGGAAAAUGACGAAGAUCAGGAGGUCAACCUAAACGAUAUCCCUACCGUCGAUGAAACGGACGUCAUAUCCGAGUCCGCCAAUAGGAGGUCAAAACGAAGACGUCGGCAACCAUCGGGACCAAACAAUGACAGUGGCGUUGAUGACGAGGCCCAAGCCAUUGACUCGGAGCUACUUGACGACGAUGACAUGUUCAUUGGUGAUAGCAACGACGAUAAUGGAAGCGAAGGGCCUCCGGCAAGAAAGCGUCGCAAAGACAAGCAGCCUGCUGCCGGGGAGGAGGAGGGACGUGAUGACAAGAAGAAGCUUGCUAUGGACAUAUCAUACGAGGGCUUUGCUAUCUACGGCCGAGUACUCUGUCUUGUGGUGAAAAAGCAGGACAGUGGGAGGACCGUUACGGGGCCUUCGAGUGGCAAGGCUUUGACGGCCCAGCCUGGCGGCCAGGCAAUGAUGGAAAACUGGAUCACAUCUACACAACUUCCCGAGGCUGCCGUGGGCGAGGACGACGCGGUUUGA